CAGAAACGUAUCAUUUAUGGAAAAUUAACCGAUUCCGUCCAAGGCUCAUACGCUUCUUUCCCCUCUGUCACUCUGCUAUACUGAGUUUAGUACUCCGUACAAACCUUUGCCUUCAUCUUUCUCGUAGAUCCGAACUAGAAACAAAAUUGCAGAGUAGAAAGUAGCUGUCAAAUGUGAAAUGCCCUCUCUCUCUCUCUCUCUCUCUGUCUUUAUAUCUGUCUAAAAAGCUAAAGGGCACUCGUUGACAAGAAACAAGUUGAUAGAAAGUUUAUCCAAUUUCUGUGAUUUGGAGCUGAGAUUUUCUAUUGUGUGGUCACUGUGCUGAUUUCUUCAGACCUCAGUCUCUUACCCACAUCUCCAGGGAGGGGAUAUUGAGAUAUAGUUCUUGUUGUCUCUCAUCAUGUUCAAGCAGUCGCCUAGUGGGAGGAUGAACAGAUCGAGAGGAUUUAAGGUGAAGAACGUUCUGCAAAUCUGUGUGUUGCUUGCCGUUUGCCUUUGGCUGGUUUACCAAGUGAAACAGUCCCACGAGAAGAAGAAACAGUUUGAUGGGAACGAGUCGAGUUUGUCUCAGAAAACGGGAAGCAGCAGCGAUGGAGGUCCAAAUUUAGGACGAAAAUACCUCCCCGAUUCGAAGGGAAUGGCUAAUAGUGGCACGGAAGAUAACAACCUGGAAGAAGAUGGUAGAGGAGGUGGAGAUGACGAUUUAGAAGAACACGAUCGGGAGAAAAAUGAUGGCGAGGUUGAACGAGAAGACAAAGCGGUGGGUGAUGAUGAGAAGGAGAGUGAGGAGCGAGAUUCUGAUGAUAAUAACGGGGACGAGAUUUCCGAGGACAAUGAAAACGAUGAGGAUUCGGGGAGUAAGCACGAGGCACAAGAGGUACUAUAUAAAGCAGACGAUGCUUCAAGUGCAGUAACUCAUGAUAGCAUCGAGGAAGUAAGCGAGAACGCUGAGGUAAAUGUUCUGGAACAGGCAGGAGUAGUCAAUAACGACAACAAAAUUAGCGAUGGUCAAGACACAAUAGGCCACGAAGAAUCUGAGCAUGUCUCGGAAGGGUUAAAUGGUCAUCCCGUGGAAAGAAAUUUGACCGAGAAAACCGGGGAGGCAAAUGAUUUAUCCAUCCAGAAAAGAGAUGAUUCUGCUUUGGUUGUCAAUAAUAGUCUCUCUGAGUCUAAUUUAACAACCUUAAAAAACGGGGAUGCAGAAUCAACCGAAUCAGAUUCCUCAGCUGAAUCUAAUCACUCGAAAUCUUCUGUCUCGGAGAAGGUCAUACAUGGUCAUCCUCGGUUCACAACCGAGGAUGACCGAUGGUCCACGACAAUCGAUACUGAUGCUGAGAAAUCUCGAACAGUUGAUGAAACAGGCAGAGCAGACGAAGAGUUCGAGUCCUUCAAUACUGAGAAUAUAGGUGAAAUCGAAGAUCUGAUUGACUCCUCCGAUUCGUCGUUUUCCCUGGACGAGAAAGAUGUACGCACUGAUCUCGAAACCCUUCCGGAAAUACAAACCGAAGGAAGUAACACAGAAGAUCCUGCAGCCAAAUGAAACUGUAUAAUAUACCAUUUCUACUGCAGCUCAAAUUAUUAUUAUAAUUCCUUCUUCUUUUUCUUCAUUUUUUGUUUAAUUCACUAUUUAGUUUAUGAAUCUGCAAAAAGUUCUAUGAAUGCUUUUGAAUAUGAGAAGUAUGGAUAGAGAAACAGCUUGUACAACUUUGUGGGCAAAAUGUUGGCAAAGUUGGGUUCUGUAUAAUCAACUCUUGUAUAUCAAAUUGUGGUUUUGUUGUUCUUAAUCUGUUUAUGCUUUUCUGAA